AUGGCGGUGGCGGCCGCGGCUUCCAGCUUGGUGGCCUACACCUUCUUCUUUUCGCCAAUGGUUUGGUUCUUUGCGCCGAGUUUUGGCGUAGCAGCGAUAUUUCGAUUCAUCCUUUUCUUCCAAGGAUUUCAUAAUUGGACGUUGAACCCAUUUCAUAUGAUGGGAGUUGCCGGAGUAUUAGGUGCGGCUCUGCUAUGCGCUAUUCAUGGAGCGACCGUAGAAAACACUCUAUUUGAGGACGGUGAUGGUGCAAAUACCUUCCAUGCUUUUAACCCAACUCAAGCUGAAGAAACUUAUUCCAUGGUCAUUGCUAACCGCUUUUGGUCCCAAAUCUUUGGUUUUGCUUUUUCCAAUAAACGUUGGUUACAUUUCUUUAUGCUAUUUGUACCCGUCACCGGUUUAUGGAUGAGUGCUAUUGGCGUAGUUGGCUUGGCUCUGAACUUACGUGCCUAUGACUUUGUUUCCCAGGAAAUCCGUGCAGCGGAAGAUCCUGAAUUUGAGACUUUCUACACCAAAAAUAUUCUUUUAAACGAGGGUAUUCGUGCGUGGAUGGCAGCUCAGGAUCAGCCUCAUGAAAAUCUUAUAUUCCCUGAGGAGGUUCUACCACGUGGAAACGCUCUUUAAUGGAACUUUCGUUUUAGCUGGUCGUGACCAAGAAACCACCGGCUUUGCUUGGUGGGCUGGGAAUGCCAGACUUAUCAAUUUGUCCGGUAAACUACUUGGAGCUCAUGUAGCCCAUGCCGGAUUAAUCGUAUUCUGGGCCGGAGCAAUGAACCUAUUUGAAGUGGCCCAUUUCGUACCAGAAAAGCCCAUGUAUGAACAAGGGUUGAUUUUACUUCCACACUUAGCUACUCUAGGUUGGGGAGUAGGGCCAGGGGGGGAAGUUCUAGAUACUUUUCCGUACUUUGUAUCUGGCGUACUUCACCUAAUUUCCUCCGCAGUCUUAGGCUUCGGUGGCAUUUAUCACGCGCUUCUGGGACCCGAGACUCUUGAGGAAUCUUUUCCAUUCUUUGGUUAUGUCUGGAAAGAUAGAAAUAAAAUGACUACAAUUUUGGGUAUUCACUUAAUUUUGUUAGGUCUAGGUGCUUUUCUUCUAGUACUCAAGGCUCUUUAUUUUGGCGGUGUAUAUGAUACCUGGGCCCCUGGGGGGGAGAUGUAAGAAAAAUUACCAAUUUGACCCUUAGUCCCAGUGUUAUAUUUGGUUAUUUACUAAAAUCUCCUUUUGGUGGAGAAGGGUGGAUUGUUAGUGUAGAUGAUUUAGAAGAUAUAAUUGGUGGGCAUGUAUGGUUGGGUUUUAUUUGUGUAUUUGGCGGAAUUUGGCAUAUUUUAACCAAACCCUUCGCAUGGGCUCGCCGUGCAUUUGUAUGGUCUGGAGAAGCUUACUUGUCUUAUAGUUUAGCUGCUUUAUCUGUCUUUGGUUUUAUCGCUUGUUGUUUUGUAUGGUUCAAUAAUACAGCUUAUCCGAGUGAGUUUUAUGGACCCACCGGGCCAGAAGCUUCUCAAGCUCAAGCAUUUACUUUUCUAGUUAGAGACCAGCGUCUUGGAGCUAAUGUGGGAUCCGCUCAAGGACCCACAGGUUUAGGUAAAUAUCUAAUGCGUUCCCCAACUGGGGAGGUUAUCUUUGGAGGGGAAACUAUGCGUUUUUGGGACCUUCGUGCUCCAUGGUUAGAACCUCUAAGGGGCCCCAACGGUUUGGACUUGAGUAGGUUGAAAAAAGACAUACAACCUUGGCAAGAACGACGCUCAGCAGAAUAUAUGACCCACGCUCCUUUAGGCUCUUUAAAUUCCGUGGGUGGCGUAGCUACCGAGAUCAAUGCAGUUAAUUAUGUCUCUCCUAGAAGUUGGUUAUCAACUUCUCAUUUUGUUCUAGGAUUCUUCUUUUUUGUGGGCCAUUUAUGGCAUGCAGGAAGAGCCCGAGCUGCUGCAGCAGGUUUUGAAAAGGGAAUCGAUCGUGAUUUGGAACCUGUUCUUUACAUGAACCCUCUUAACUAAGAUUUUCUUAUUUAUACCUGUUCUACUUUUUUUCUGUUCUGGCUCGGUUAUUCCAUCUAGCCGAGCCAUUCAUUCCUUUUUAUGAAAGAAAGAUAAGGGACAGAAAAAAAAAAAUGAAAGAAACAAACGUAUUCAAUAAGCAAAAGGAGAGAGAGGGAUUCGAACCCUCGAUAGUUCCUAGAACUAUACCGGUUUUCAAGACCGGAGCUAUCAACCACUCAGCCAUCUCUCCACAGCCUAAUCCUUAUUUUACUCCUACAAAUAGAACAUAGCCAUAUAAAAAAUAAAAAGAUUUAUUAGCCUCUAGAAAGAUAUCAGAUACAAGUUCCUUUUCGAUAUAUCUCUGUAUACUGUAUACACGGAUACAGGAUCCGCUAUACCCGCUUGUGAAAUAAAGAGUAAAUAAUCUCUUCUCACCCCCAUAUCCAAAUAAAAAAGCGGUUUAAGUAAUAAAUUUGAAUUAAAGAGAAGAAUCAAUGGAUUCAUGAUUAAACCCCUCCUACUUCUUGUAUUUUUUUACAAUUUUGGUUAAGUGAGGGAUCAAAUAUGUAGUCAACUUUAUUUGAUGGUAGCUUGGAGGAUUAGAAAUAUGACUAUUGCUUUCCAAUUAGCUGUUUUUGCAUUAAUUGCGACUUCCUCAGUCUUAGUAAUUAGUGUACCCCUUGUAUUUGCUUCUCCUGAUGGUUGGUCAAAUAAUAAAAAUGUUGUAUUUUCUGGUACAUCAUUAUGGAUUGGACUAGUCUUUCUCGUAGCUAUUCUGAAUUCUCUCAUUUCUUAAAUUAAAUUUGGUUAAUAUUUAUUAACCCCAUAAAAAAGAAAUAAUAAAGGCCAUUUCUUCUAAAAAAUUAGAAUAGUGAGACGUAUUAAAACGCAAUUUGCGUUCCGAAUUGCUAGCUCUUCUCUUUCAGUAUUAUGAAAUUCCAUUCCCAUUAGAAUAUUCAUUGACAGAUAAUAAAAAAAGGAAAACUCUAAUAUAAUAGAAAAUGAAAUGAAACGGUCGACCCAGACAUAGAAGGUCGACCCAGGCGGAUA